AUGGGUUCUUCAUUGCGAAAUUCUUUGGGAAGGGAAACCUUUGAGAGUAAAGAAAAAGGUGAGAUAAGUGAACCUAAAAAUUCCAAUUCUCUUGACCAAAAUGGGAAAUACAUGGUGAGAGAAAACAAAGAAGGUUCAAAUGAAAGAAAAAUGAGUGUUUAUGCAAAAAUGAGCGAUGUGAAAGAAGCUAUGCUUUUGAGACAACACAUGCUUGUACUUAUGUACAAGGAGAUUUUGCAUAUUUCUAACGAAAUAACCAAUUGUUUGCCUAGUGUUGUUGUUGAUCUUUUGCAGGUUUAUGAAGAUUUAUUUCCGGAAGAAAUCCCAAAUGGUUUGCCACCUAAAAGAGGCAUUGAGCACCAAAUUGAUUUCAUACUUGGAGCAAGUAUUCCAAAUAGACCAGCAUAUAGAUGUAAUCCGGAGGAGACUAAGGAAAUCGAAAAGCAAGUGAGUGAGCUUAUGGAGAAGGGUUAUGUUCGUGAAAGCAUGAGUCCAUGUGCCGUACCCGUCUUGAUUGAUGAAUGA